AUGCAUGGACGUCCUGAGCCAGGUUUAGGCUACAAAGCCCAUCACAGAGUCCAAAGCAAUCUCAUGUGGCAAACUCCGGGGGCUGUUUGCAUUGUCUGUUGCCUGCUGUUCAUUGGGACCCUUGCCAAUGGGCAAAGCUGCCUAGCCAGCAAUGGCGAUGCCAGUAUUGCUGUCAAUAGUUUUGGCCUGGCAUUGUUUCAGUGCAUCAAGAAUGCCACUGGAGAAGCCAACACAGUCUUCUCCCCUCUCAGUGUGUCCACUGUUGCUUCUUAUGUUUCUCUGUUUGCUAAUGGGACAACAAAGGCAGAGGUGGAUGAGGUGUUCAGAUUUGACUCAGAGGGCACCAUUCCAAGGACACUAAUUGCACAGCCAUGGGACACUGGUUCCACUGUUGGUGAAGAGACUGGCAAUCUGGCGAUUGUCAAUGGUUUGUUUCUCCAGGAGGAUCUGGAGGUUGAGAACAGAAUUGUGGACAGUGCAGGGGAUGCGGUCAAGAAGGUGGAUUUCAGUAACUCAGAGGGAACCAGACAGAGCAUUAACAGCUGGGCAGAGGACAGCACAGGCGGCUUGAUAGAGGAAUUGCUACCUGUGGGCUCACUGGAUGCACAAACAAAAUUUGUUUUGGCAAGCGCUGUUUUCUUCCAAAGCAAUUGGGAGCAAACAUUUGAACCAAGUGCAACAAAGCAGCAACCAUUUCAUGGACAGUAUGGCGUAGAAGAUGCGAUGUUCAUGUACCAAUUCGACAGGACACUCCUGUGGAAGUGGGACCCUGUGGCUGGACAGGCUCUUGAGCUACCGUAUGAGGGUGGCCUCUUCAGUAUGUACAUUGUCCUUCCCGACACUGGCAACAGUGUGGCUGCGGUCGCGGAAGUGAUGUCAAGGGGAAACUUUGGCCAGUGGCUCACAGAGGGCUACAGUCAAACGCUCUUCACUACUGUUGUCAUUCCGAAAUUUGAGAUCGAGCUGUCGCUGGAUUUGACAACAGCACUGCACAAGCUUGGUGUCAAGGAUGCCUUUGAUGCUUUGAAGGCGGACUUCACCCCAAUUACGAAGGAUGUGCCGUUGCACAUCGACAGUGCAGUUCACAAAGCAAGGAUUGUCGUCAAUGAGACGGGCACCAAAGCCGCCGGGGUGGCAGCAAUUGCAGUGCAGGCGCUGUCGGCACAGAUGGAACCUGUGCAGCAUUUCGUAGCUGAUCGCCCAUUCUUGUAUUUCAUUGUUGACAAGCUCGACUGCAUUGUGUUGUUCAUGGGAAGUGUGGAAGCAGCGGGGCAGUAG